AUGUUGUCCUGGUGGGGUCUUUCGUGCGAAGACAGACAAAUUGGCUUAGAUUUGGCGUGGCCCGGAAAGCGUGGUCGUGUUAUCGCUGACUACGUCAUGCAGACGCAGCAGCUCGUGGUGCUCUACGCUGUGUCUACAUAUCAUGUGUGUUGUCUCACACUGCACUACGAGGGCGGCCGUGAAAUAACGGUCUAUCUGGUCGAGCAGAUUGCUUUCGGUGAAGUUGGGUUCAAUGUGGAGUGUUUGGAAGACAUGCGAGCGGUCGGCGACAGCUUUGACGUUCGUGUCAAGUGGUUGGGUUUGGAGGACGAUGAAUCGACGUGGGAACCAGUAGCGAUUACUAGGCUAGAGGACAUCCUGGUGAUCUUCCGCACGUGGUGA